GGCGAACCGGCUUGUGCGCGGCUGCUGCUCUCGCCCGGCGCUUGGAAAGCAGCGGAGCAAGCGCCUGCGAGCGGAGGAAGCUGCUUCCAGCGCUCCCCGGGUGCAAGGGGAAGGCUCGGCCGCUCGCCAUCCCGGGGAGAGAUCUCAAUCCAGGACACGCUCGCUCUUCCCCGGAGCCGCAUCGCUCCAGACCCGUGGCACCGGCCGGAAGGACUUUGCCACCGACUCCCUGCUGCCUGCACGGGCGACUGGGUCUCUGACUCGGUGCGGGAGGCUGCCAGGAGGGGGAUCCCGAAGCAGGGAGGUCAGCACUAGGGCAUAAAGUCUAGCUCUGUGCUGCCUUGGGGCUGAGUGCUACAGGAGCCAUGCAGCUGGACAGCAUCACCAACGGGAGCAUCCACACCGUCCAGGGCCACCGGGGAGUAGCCACCAAGCCCAACGUGAUCCUGCAGAUAGGGAAGUGCAGGGCCGAGAUGCUGGAGCACGUCCGGCGGACCCACCGGCACCUCCUCACCGAGGUGUCCAAGCAGGUGGAGCGGGAGCUGAAAGGGUUGCAGAAAUCGGUGGGGAAGCUGGAGAACAACCUGGAGGACCACGUCCCCUCCACCGACAACCAGAGGUGGAAAAAGUCCAUCAAGGCCUGCCUGGCCAGGUGCCAGGAGACCAUCGCCCACCUGGAGAGGUGGGUUAAGAGGGAGAUGAAUGUCUGGCGGGAGGUGUUCUUCCGCCUGGAGAAAUGGGCCGACCGGCUGGAGUCCAUGGGGGGCAAGUACUGCCCCCCAGAGCAUGCCAGGCAGACUGUCUCAGUUGGGGUGGGUGGCCCAGAGAGCAGGCCCAGCGAGGGGGAGAUCUACGAUUAUGCCCUUGACAUGAGCCAGAUGUACGCUCUGACGUCCCCUCCUGGGGACAUAAUGAGCAUGCCCCAGCCCCAUGACUCCUACCAAUGGGUCACUGCCCCGGAGGAUGCUCCGUCUUCCCCGGUGGAGACCCAGAUCUUUGAAGAUCCCCAUGAGUUCCUGAGCCACUUGGAGGACUACCUGAAGCAGGUGGGGGGGACGGAGGAGUACUGGCUCUCCCAGAUCCAAAACCACAUGAAUGGCCCAGCUAAGAAGUGGUGGGAGUACAAGCAGGACUCUGUCAAGAACUGGGUGGAGUUCAAGAAGGAGUUUCUGCAGUAUAGUGAGGGCACUCUGACCCGGGACGCCAUCAAGCGGGAGCUGGAACUGCCCCAGAAGCAGGGGGAACCCCUGGAUGAGUUCCUCUGGCGUAAGAGAGAUCUGUACCAGACGCUCUACACUGACGCCGAGGAGGAGGAGAUUAUCCAGUACGUGGUAGGCACCCUCCGUCCCAAAUUCAAACGCUUCCUAAGUCACCCCAUGCCCAAGACCUUAGAGCAGCUGAUCCAGAGGGGGAAGGAAGUCCUAAGCGACUUCGACCAGUCAGAAGACCCGACCCCCCAGAGAACCCCUGAGCAUCAGCCAGGGGACUCGGUUGAUAGCUUGCCCCCCUCAACCACGGCUAGCCCCAUUGCUAGCGACGAGACGCAGCCCGAGCCCCCUAGCCCGCCAACUACAGUGAUAUGAGUGAGGAUCGCUACGGGAUUGGCCUGUAUUAUGCCGAGGUGUGGAGGGGGCUGAUUUAGGACGCUUCUCCUUCGCGAGAGGUUCUGGCUGUGGCCAGUUCUGGCUGGACUCAGUCCACAAUGGUCCUCGGCGGAGGAAUACAUUUUGUUAACGGAGGGGCCACCUGAGAACGUAGCUGCCCACCUCACCCCAGGGUGCAAGGCUGAGGAGGCUAUUUGAACUGCUGUGGGGUGGAUAGUUUUAUGAUGCUCUUGGUAGGAAGCUAGAUAGUUCCCCACUGCAGAAGCAACCACCCUGUGUUGGUGCUUUUCAAGGACCUGAAACAGGUGCAGCUGUUGACCAAGGGUUCCACCUACCUACCAGUCUCUUACAUCUUCCAGAGUGGGGUUCCCCCCUCCUGGGGAGUCUGUUUUGACUUUUGCCCAUCUCUGCCUUAUUGACAGGGCUUUGUCCAGCUCAAGGGGAAGCCACUGGCUUCUCCUUCCCUCGCAACCUCCCACCAAAGCUUCCAGGCAGACUUUUUUUUUUUUUUCCAAGUUCAUCGUUGUUCAGGAGAGCUCCUAGAACUGCAGCCAAUGGCAGCUUUAAGGGGCUUGAUCCAUCUUUACCACCUGAUGUUGCAUCUCAGUUUUCCUCCAAGUGGUUCUCUCCCUUUCUCCGCUCCUGCUCUUCCCUGGGUGCCCCGUGUCCACUGGACUGGGGCGCAACGAAACCUUUGUUCCUCACUGGGUUAGCCUUCUCUAUCUGAUUCAGGACCAGGCAGGUUAGAGAUCUUUCUACUUGGGGGCCCAUGAGAUGGGGCAAUCAGGCCAAGGCACUGAAGUUGUACAUGGGAAAGCUCCUAAUUUUUUAAAAAUCAAAUAAGCACACCCUGAGGUCAGAGCAAAGAUUCCCCAAGCAGCAAAGUGAUGCUCCUCCCUUGGAGAUGCCGCAGCAGGAGGACGUCAGCACCUGUGGGACUGUAGGACUUUGAUUCUGUGAGACUUUGCCAUGGAAAGCAGAAACAAAGUUGUGAGGCGCUACGGGGGGCGUGUCUCAGACCCUGCAAAGAAGACUCCUUGACAGCAGAUGGACACACGCGUUGCUUUCGGGAGGUCUGAUGCCCUUGGCAUGGGCAGGCCGAUGGCUGACGUGUGCCAAAUACUGACAGACUUUCUAAAAUUAGCCCCUUUGCUCCCAGCUGAAGCCGGACCUGGGCUCUGUGCUACUUUUCCACGGUCAGUAUUAAAGACCAGAAUGGGCAGCACUUUGACUAACGCAUGAAGAUGGCACUGAGGACGCUUGGACCUUCGAGGCUCUGGAUCGGCACCGCAGGCCCGGCUCAGACACUGAGGAAAGCUUUUCCGGGGGCGUGUUAACAACCGUGCCGCAUGCUAUCCCUGGCAGCACUUCAGCAACCUGCCAGCAUCCAUCACCUGAUUGAAAAGGCAGGAUCAGCACACGAGAGAAACUGCAAGAGGGAGCUGGAAUUUCCCUGGGACGUGGCAGCUGCAAAACCUUUGGGGGCGAUUCCUUCCCGGAGGCUGAAGUGACUCGCCCAGACCCUCCUCUGAGGAGAAUUCGCUUCAGGUUGCUCAGAGCACAGACAGAAAGCCUGGAAUUCCCAGGAGGCAGGAAGGGGUCGGACUUCACAGCCACCAGUGUGCUUCACCUGCAGCCCCGAGGGACAACAGCCAGGCCAGGGAUUUCUGUUCAGAGGAGAGCCUCAGUUUCCAUGGGGAAGAACAAGAGAGCUCCGCGCUCCCAGAAGAGCCGCCUUCUGGGGGAAGAGGGGAUGCGAGGAAAAUGCUUCUUUAAAGACACAACGCGGGAGAGACGAAGAGGGAGCUACGUCAGCUGAGCAAUAAAGCUCCAAGACUUUUCUGGUCAAAGCUGGGCCAAGCUCCACAGAGCCAAGGCGAACGUGGGCAUGAAGGAACAAGACCGUGCUUGGACUUUGGGGACACGCCAGGAUGCUGGGGUUGUGCUGUAGCUAAGCGAUACUCCUUGCUGAUUUCGGUGUAACUGCACCCAGGGAACUGGCGGCUAACAGGGGCGGAUCAAAGCUUGGUUGUGAACUAAAAUGCUCUUCUGACAAUCUGCCAAAAACCGCCCAUCCAGGCAACCCUCCUGGUUGUUAAUACUGUCACUCAUUGGAGCUGGUAGUUUCAUUUCAUUGCAGGCAGUCCUGGUCAAAUGUUAAUAGCUUUGGAGGUUCAGAGAAGCAUCAGGGAAGCCAGGUGCUUGUCUGAACCAUAAUCACCACUAGAGUGGGGUUUCUUGUGCAGCUUUGGUGCUUUCGUUUCCAGCCAGAACCAGGAAGUGUCCUAGAGUGUGAGAAACCGGAAUGUGAGUGAAAUUGACCAAACUUUUUGAACUUCAAGAAAGUUUGGGUUCACGCCUUGGGUGGAAGGGCUGGGUCAGUUCUUAUUUCUUCCAGAUCCAUUUGUGUGUGUGUGUGUGUGUUGAGCUACCAAAUGCCAAUAACCAAAAUCUGCAGCAUUUUGUAACAUUUAACUGAGCUGGUGAGAUCCGAUGCACACUCCAGUGAUCAGUCACCAAACAUAUCCAGGGACCAGAUUAUGUGGGUGCCACAGAAUGCCUGCAACUAGGUAGACUGCAGAAGUGGGGGGGAAAAAACCCUCUGAUUUGCACUGCUCAAGGUGAAGACUUUCAGGGAUCCUCCACUAUCCACUAGCACUGUCUUUGGGCCUUUUCUUUUCUAGAAUGUUUAGUCUCACUUUGUUAAAUAAAGCUGAUUGAAACAUGGCACCUUUUGGUCCUGGGAUUUUUUUUUUCACCUGACUUUUUGGAGUAUGCAGAGCUGGAUCUCAGGUACUGGUUUUAUCUCACUGGUUGCUCCUAGCCAUUUGGAGCUUAACUUGUAGCACCCUGGUUUACAGAAUCAUCUUCUCUUGAAAGGACUGAUCAUCUGUCUGUCCCAGGGCAGACUGAGGUGUGUGAGCUGGGGUGAGUGGUGAAAACCGAAACAGAUUUCAAUGACUAUCGUUUUCUGAGAAUUUUACAUGUAAGCCUGACAAAGCUGCUACAUAGAUUUAUUUUUACUAUAGAUCUUAUUAAUUCAUAUGCUGUUGUACAAAGGGUGACCGUAAGGAAUUGUUACCAGUCCCCAUCAUUGGGUUGAAAGCCAAAGGUCUUUGCGCGAUGAAAUAACUUAACUUAGUUCUGACUGUAUCAUGGGACAGGUUGGAGUUACUGGAAUCUGUCAGUAGAACAACGCCACAGUCUGUCUGCCGCUGUCGCAAAGUUUGUGCUUCGGAAAGAGCCUUUUGUAGAUUUAUAGAAUAAAACACUGAAACAUCUGCUUACAGCUGUCUGCUUCUUGCUCUCCAUUCUU